AAGGCAGGACAAGAAGCAACGGAUGGAAACUAACCAAAGAGAGAAGCAACCUAGAAGGCCCUCGUAUUUUAUUGAUCUUGCAGUAUCAAAGAAAAGCCUCUUCGCAAAGAGGCUGGUGAUCUUAGAGGCUGAAGAAGUUGGUUGUUCUCCAAAAUCAAAGCCAGCAGGCCCAAUGGAAGAAAGUCAUGUUGGAGAGCAAUGAAAAUGCCACUUCUGUGGGCCCAGAAUGGACUUCCAGAAGUGGCAUCCACACAGAGAACUGGUUGUUCACAUAUUUGAAUCCCACCGCUGCCCGGAUCUGGUGUUGAUGAACUUGGACUGACUGCUUCCAGUUUGAAAAUUCCAGUACUGUACAGUUAUGUGAUUGGCAGGACACUGAAAGUUACGAAGAGACCCCUAUGGAGUCCUCAGAAACAACCAGCCCUGAAGCAGGAAAAGAGACCUUCCAGAAUGAAAAAGAGCCUCCCAAACCAUCCAAGAGCGAGAAGUGCUCUUCCCCUUUUCGGGAUGCCGACAUCCACAAUCUCCUGGUCCAGCAAGAGGGUCGCCAAGGGAAGUGGAGGAUCAAGUGUCCCGUGUGUGGGAAGAUGUGCAAAUAUAAAUCAGACUUCAACCGGCACCGCGUGACCCACACGGGGGAGAAGCCAUAUCGAUGUAUGGAAUGUGGCAAGAGCUUCAGCGACAGUGGCACGCUGACCGCGCAUCAGAGAACCCACACGGGGGAGAAGCCGUAUGAGUGUAGCGAGUGCGGGAUACGCUUCAAUCGUAGCGGGAGCCUCAAGCGGCACCAGAGGACCCACACGGGGGAGAAACCCUAUCAAUGCCUGGAGUGCGGGAAAUAUUUCAGCCUGAAAUCCAUCUUGACCACACACCAGAGGACCCACACGGGGGAGAAGCCCUUCAAGUGCAUGAACUGCGGAAGGAGCUACAGUCGUAAAGGCAGCCUGGAUAGGCACCAACGGGAUCACCCGGGGGAGCAAGCCUACAUCUGCGCGGAGUGCGGGAAAAGCUUCGUGGUCAGCGAUAACCUUCCCGCCUACCGAAAUCACGACGCGGGGGACCAGCCGUAUAAAUGCAUUGAUUGCGAAAGCCGAGUCAUCAAUUUGGUCUAGCCUUCACAUCAGAGCCUGCUCUGAGGGGAAG